GCCGAUGACGUCCCAGCCAGCGCGACACCGUCGCUACGACUAGAACCACGAACGCUCCAGCGCCGGCUCGAACAGCUUCAACACCAAUCCCAAUACUAGCGAACGAGCUGCAUAGCCAGCAACACCUCGCCCACAAUGACCACGCCGCCCUCCCUCUUCCACGCGCUUCUCCGCCCCUCGAUCCUCCAGAUCCUCCGGUCCACCGGCUACCACUCCACGCGGCCCGCCGUGCUCGACUCGCUCACCGACCUCGCAGCGCGCUACCUCUCGUUGUUGUGCCAGGCCACCGCCGAUCACGCGGCGCACAACCAGGGCAACAGCGCCGACUUCACAGUCGUCGACAUCCGCAUGGCGCUGCAGGAUGUCGGCGCCCUGCUGCCGGAGCGCGUCGAAACUGAGCAGGAGUGGCGCGGCGACGAGGACCUCCGCGGCGUCGAGGAGUUUGUCAAGUGGUUUGCGGGACAGCGCAUGAAGGAGAUGAUGGAGUUUGGCAACGGAGACGGCGAAUCGGAUGCGACCGACUACCUCAAUGCUCUGAAGAAGAAGCACAGCAAAACUGGCGAGGACGCGAAAUUCCACGGCACUAUCCUCGGCCGCGGCAACGACACGGGCGAGGUCCAAGUCGAAGGCGGUCCAGACACAACCAUUGCCGAGUGGAUUUCCAAACGGACCGUGGAUCCCGAGGAGGAAGAGAACAAACAACAGGAAGCGGCGCCCCAGCAAAACGGCCACAUUAGCGAUGAUGACGACGACUCGGGCCUGAGUUCGGUGGGCGACCGUCUAGACGGCGACGAGGGGAUGGACUUGUCGUAGGAGGCUUGCACCAGCGACGGCUCCAACGGCCGUCCAGUGCUCCAUGAAGAAGCGUCGCGCGUGGGAGACGGGAGCAACGAGGGGAGUGUUUUGAUCAUUUUGCAUAGCGCCGGAGUUUCGGACGGGACGGAUGGAAAAGAUGGAACUGUUGGCUUAAAGGACGUCCUGCCUACGGGUCGCGAUAGGAUUCUUUGCUUCAAGCCACAACUGCUGUCGAGGGUAUCCGUAUAACUAGCUAAUAU